AUGGAGUUGGGAAGUGCACAAUUUCUCAAGGGAAAGACCAUUUUAGUCACCGGUGCAACUGGCUUCUUGGGAAAAGUUUUUGUGGAGAAGUUGUUAAGGAUUCAAUCAGAUUUGAAGAAACUAUAUCUUCUUCUAAGAGCUUCUGACGCUGAUGCAGCCACAAAACGGUUGCAUGAUGAGAUCAUAAGCAAAGACUUGUUCAAGAUUCUACGAGAUAAGUGGGGUGCAGAUUUUGAUUCUUUCAUAUCAGAAAAAAUAAUUGCAGUUGAAGGAGACGUUUCUGUCGCCAACUUGGGACUUGAAGAUGAAAAUAAUGUUGAAAAGAAUAAAAUUUCAAAUGAAAUAGACAUUAUUGUAAAUGUAGCAGCAACUACAAACUUUGAUGAAAGGUUUGAUAUUGCAAUAGGUGUCAACACUAUGGGAGCUUUAAACGUCCUAAACUUUGCCAAGACAUGUCCUAAAAUACAGGCUCUUCUACACGUAUCAACCGCAUACGUGUGUGGAGAAGCUAAGGAGGAUGGAGAAGUGAUAAAAGAAGAACCAUUUCAGAUGGGACAAACCUUGAAUGGGGUCACAAAAUUAGACAUUGAGAAAGAAAAGAUUUUGUUGGAGAAAAGAUUACAAGAACUUGAAGCAAAGAAUGUCCAUGGAAAUGCUCUGAAAUCUGCAAUGGUAGAUUAUGGAAUUGAAAGGGCCAACUUGUACGGAUGGCCAAAUACUUAUGCUUUUACAAAGGCAAUGGGAGAGAUGUUUCUCUCACAUCUUAAAGAUAACAUUCCCUUGAUCAUUGUUCGUCCAACCAUUGUGUCUAGUACAUUCAAGGAACCAUUUCCUGGUUGGAUCGAAGGUUUUAGAACAAUUGAUAGUGUCAUUGGUGGUUAUGGUAAAGGAAUAGUCACAUACUUCUUGGGUCGUCCCAAAACAAUUGUAGAUGUGGUCUUAAAUUUGGUGAGCAAAGUGUUAUGCCUAAGCUUCUGCCAAGAUGCUUAUAGAAGUGGUCAUAGAAAAGUCGAAAGGGUGAUAAGAAUGGCUAAGAUAUACGAACCCUAUUUGUUGUUUAAAGCUGUCUUCAACGAUGGCAACACAGAAUCGUUACGGAUGGCAACAAAGAUGGAGAAAGCUACUGGGGGAUUUGACUUUGAAUUUGAUCCCUUGAGCAUUGAUUGGACAGACUACAUGAUAAAUGUUCACAUUCCUGGCUUAAUUAAGUUUGUUAUGAAAUAA